GCUUUGGUCCUUAAUAAAUACCCCCAACCACAAUUCCGUGAGCCCUCCCUCACUCUAUUCUCACUCAUCCUUCACAUUGUGAAAUAACAAAACGAAAGAUCUUAAAACUUAAAUCACACACACAAAGAAAGUAGAGUUAUUUUUCCAAGAUCAAAAAAGGAAGAAAGCCCAUUUCAUAUUCGAAGGAUUUGAAGAGAAUGGCUUUGAAAAAAGCAAGCAAGCUAACACAGACGGCCAUGAUCAAACAAAUCUUGAGGAGAUGCUCGAGCUUGGGAAAGAAACAGAGUAAUGUAUACAGCGAAGACGAGAACGGACAUCCUCUCGACGUCCCUAAAGGUCAUUUCGUCGUCUAUGUCGGAGAGAAUCGGGUCAGGUACGUUGUACCCAUUUCGUUUUUGACCCGACCCGAGUUCCAGCUUCUUCUUCAACAAGCUGAGGAAGAGUUUGGGUUCGAUCACGACAUGGGUCUCACUAUCCCUUGUGAAGAAGUCGUUUUCCGAUCUCUCACUUCCUCCAUGCUCAGAUGAAUAUUUUAGGGUUUUUUCGUUUUUAUUUUUAUUUUGGAGAGUUGAGAUGAUUUAGGAUGAGAGAAGAGAAACAGAGGAAGCUGCUGAGUAAAUGCUUCUCCGUUUUUAGCAAACUAAUUUUAAUAUGUUUUGGCUAAUAUGGGUUUAGUGUUGUAUUAGAGUGAGACUAACCCGUAGAGAAAACCCAUUGAGAAUGAUUACUAUUUUUGGUGCUAUUCUCAGAUUUAUAGAGAACCCGGCCCCAAAAAAAAAGAAGAAAAAUGCAUGCUGGUAAAGAUCACUCUCAUGGUGGUGUGGUUGUUGAAUGUGUACCCUGUGGGAGAGAUGAUUUUACUAUUUAAUGAAUGAGUCUUUUA